GCCCGGAGGGGCCGAUGCCGCCUGAGGGGCCGCAGGUGUGACAGAGGCGGAGCGGUGGCGGCUGUCGUGGCCGCGGGGAGCGGAGCGAGAGCGGUCCCCGGCCGGUGAUCCCCGGCCAGUGAUCCCCGGCCAGUGAGAGAGCGGUCCCGGGCCUGCAGGACAUCAUGGCAGCCCAUCAGGAGAAAAAACUUGCUGAAGAUAGAAAACACCAAAACAUGCAAAAUGAUAAUAAAACAUCUCAAGGCCAGUGGGGAAGAGCAUGGGAGGUGGACUGGUUUUCCUUGGCAAGCAUCCUUUUCCUGCUGAUGUUUGCACCACUGAUUGUGUAUUACUUCAUCAUGUCCUGUGCCCAGUACCAGUGUUCUCUGACUGAUCCACUCCUGGAUUUGGUGACAGGGAAUAAGCAUCUGUCUGACAUCUGGAACAGGACUCCCAUGCUGACCUACAGGGCUGCUGCCAUUUAUUCCCUUUGGGUCACCUUCCAGGUGUUUUUGUUUGUGUCCAUUCCUGAUUUCUGCCAUAAAUUUCUCCCUGGAUAUGUGGGAGGUGUACAAGAAGGUGCUGUCACCCCUGCUGGUGUUGUGAAUAAAUAUGAAAUAAAUGGACUUCAGGCCUGGAUCAUUACCCAUGUGCUUUGGUUUGCAAAUGCUUCUUGCUUCCACUUCUUCUCACCUACCAUAAUUUUUGACAACUGGAUUCCUCUCCUGUGGUGUGCCAAUAUCUUGGGAUAUUCAGUGUCCACCUUUGCAAUGAUCAAAGGCUACUUUUUCCCUACCAAUGCAAAAGACUGCAAAAUCACUGGCAACUUCUUUUAUGACUACAUGAUGGGGAUUGAAUUUAACCCUCGAGUAGGGAAGUGGUUCGAUUUCAAGUUGUUCUUCAAUGGGCGCCCUGGGAUUGUGGCCUGGACUCUAAUCAACCUCUCCUUUGCUGCCAAACAACAGGAGCUGUACGGUGAAGUGACAAACUCCAUGAUUCUUGUCAAUGUCCUCCAGGCUAUCUAUGUUCUGGACUUCUUUUGGAAUGAAGCCUGGUACUUGAAAACCAUUGAUAUCUGCCAUGAUCAUUUUGGAUGGUAUUUGGGCUGGGGAGACUGUGUUUGGUUGCCUUACCUCUAUACUUUGCAGGGUCUAUACUUGGUUUACCAUCCUGUCCAGCUGCGCACAGCUUAUGCCAUAGGGGUCUUGAUGUUGGGCUUGCUGGGUUAUUACAUCUUCAGAAUGACCAACCACCAGAAGGACCUGUUCCGUCGCACCAAUGGCAACUGCAGGAUCUGGGGGAAGAAGCCAGAGUACAUUGAGUGCUCCUACAUGUCCGUGGAUGGCACCAAGUACUACAGCAAGCUGAUGACCUCGGGAUUCUGGGGCUGGGCACGUCACUUCAACUACACAGGAGACCUGAUGGGCUCACUGGCUUACUGCCUGGCUUGUGGCUUUGAGCACAUGCUGCCUUACUUCUACAUUAUUUACAUGACCAUCCUGCUCACCCACCGCUGCAUCAGGGACGAGCACCGCUGUAGCAGCAAGUAUGGGAAGGACUGGAAGUGCUACACUGCGGUAGUGCCCUACCGGCUCCUACCUGGCAUAUUUUAAGGCUAAAAUAUGCAGGAUGCAGGGGAAAGAAAAAAGAAGAAACGUGCAGGCAUACUAUGUUUAAAGAAAUUGAAGUGAGGCACUGAACUGCCCCAUUUUUUUAGAAGAGUCUUUUAAUUGGAAAACCCCUCUGAAUCACCCCAUUUCCAAAUUACUUUGGAGUUUAAGAAAAGAUGUGUGUAAUGAGACUCCUGAGAAAUCCCAAAGCUGGGAGGUGGCCUUACCCUUGGUGGUAGCAGGGUUCUGGAAGCAGUUUGCAGUGCUUCAGGAGAAAAGAAAACAGUUCUGUCAUCUCUUUAGGAAAGAAGUUUUCUGAUGCAGCUGCUUGUGGCCAUCAGAAACUACAAUUGAGAACAGCUGCAAAGGAGUUUUGAUUGUUGAUUGCUGGUGAAGAGAUGAACAGUAGAAAUACUGAACUGAAGAAACUGGUCUGAAAUAACUGUUAUAAUCUAAAACAAAAGUGCAAACUGCCAUAAAUUAGUACAGUUUUCAGCACCUGACAAUAUGGAAUAUGACCAACUGAGUUUUAUUUUGCUACUGAAACCAGACUUUGUGAAACUACUGAGCUGAGCUGCUUGGGCUGGAGUAGAGUUACUUUUUUUCCUAGUAGCUGCUAUGGGCAUAGUUUUGGAUUUGAGCUGAGACAAUGUUGAUAACAUUGUUGAUAACAUAGUGAUGUUUUCACUAUUCCUGAGCAGUGUUCACACAGCUUCAAGGCUUUUUCUGCAUUUCACCCCACCCACCAGGGAGUGGGCUGGGUGAGCACAAGGAGCUGGGAGGGGACAUGGGCAGGACAGCUGACCCUAGCUGACCCAAGGAAUAUCCCAGGCCAUAUGGUAUUGUGUUCAGCACAUUAAGCUGGAGGAAGAAGGAAGUGGGGGAUGUCAGGAGUGAUAGUAAUUGUCAUUUCAAGCCAUUACAUGUGAUGGAGCCGUGCUUUCCUGGAGAUGGCUGAACAUCUGCCUGCAGGUGGCAAGUGGGGAGCAGAUCCCUUAUUUUGCUUUUUUUGUGUGCAGUUUUUCCUUUACCUAUUAAACCAUAUUUAUCUCA